AUGGUAGUGGAUAAAAACGAAAGUCAUACAAUUUAUAACAAAACGUCAACAACUAAUAUUAAUAAUACGAACUUCAGUUAUAUUUAUGAUGAAGUGAAAGUUAUAGAAAAUGAAAGGCUACAAAAUAAUGAAUGGCAUAAUGAUAAGAAUCGGAUAGAUAACAGUGGUAAAAUAAUAAAGAAUAUUUACCAGGGUAGUGUAAAUUAUUAUAAUAAAAUUAGUAAAAAAGUAAUAAGUCCUAAGAAAAAAAAAAAGUUAUUUAUUGAAAAUGAAAAAAAUAUAAGUUAUUCAUUACGUGAUAUGAAUAAUAAAAAAAAAAAUAAUAAAAAAGUCAAACAAAAUAACAAGGUACAAUGUAUUAAAAAUAAUUACUAUUUUGAUAAUAAUGGAAAAAUUAAUCAAGAUAAAAAUAAAGAUACCUGUACAAAUAAUAUUAUAUGUGGUGGGAAUCCUUGUGAAAAAAAUAGGUUUCCUCAUUAUUAUACACACAAUAAUAAUGGUGCAAAUAAUUUUAAUAAAUAUUCACGUACAUUUAAUUUUUACAAUAAAAAUGAAAAGAGGAAAUACUAUGAAAACAAUGCGCACAACGAUACUUUCAGAUUAACAAAAGAAUUAUUGGACGAUCUAAAUAAAAGGAAUGAAGCUGCUGAAGAUGAUGAUAACGAUAAUCAAAAUUUUUUAACAUAUGUUAAAAAGAAAAUUGAAGAAAAGAAGGAAGAGAAAAAAAAAAAAAAUAAAUUACAACAAAGUAUGAAUGAAAGGGCAAAUAAUAAUAAUGAUAUAAAUGAUGAUAAAAACAAUGAGAUGUAUGAAAAGAAUCAUCCAAUGGGUGAUAAUGACAAUGAUAUUAAUUAUAAUAAUAAUCAUGAAAAUAAUAACCAUAGUAUUGAUAAUAAUAAUAAUAAUUAUAGUAAUGACCAUAUAAAUAAUGACGAUGUGGAAUAUGAUAACAAUAAUGUAAAUAGUAAAAAUAACAACACCAAAAUAAGUAACAGUGGAAAUUUUGAUUUUUCGAAUAAUGUAGAAACGUAUAAAACCAUUAAUGAUAACAGCUCUUUAUUUAGUGACGAAUCAACAAAAGUUUUCGUAAAUAAAAAAACCAGAAUAAAAAUUAAUAUGUGUGAAAAUCCUUGUGACAUAUGGUAUGGAUUGAAAAAAAGAAACGGAAAAAAUAUUUUUAUCAACAGUUCAAGGAAUAAUAAUGGUAAAAAUAAAAAGAUGAAGAAGAAUAAAAAAAAUAAGAAACAAAAUAUGAUGAAGAUGAUGAAAACAAAUAAGAAAUUUAAAAAUAUUGAAAAAUAUUAUAUUAAUAAAAAAUCUGGAAAAUAUGUUAAAUGGAGUUCUAAUUAUUACAUGAAAUUAAAUAGUACUAAUGGAAAUAUAUCUGAUAAUACUAUUGCUACCAUGCACAUUGAUGGUAAUUAUAAAUAUAAUAAUGGUGAUAUAACAAGUAGAAAUAUAACAAAACAUAAUAAUACAUAUAAUAAUAAUAAUAAUAAUAACAAUAAUAACAAUAAUAUUAAUAAUAUUAAUAAUAAUAAUAAUAAUAAUAAUAAUAACAGUUGUAAUAUUUAUAAUAAUUUCAAAUCCUUCCAUAAUAAAAAUAUCCCAGCUAAUAUGCAAUUUGAUAAAAUCAAUAAAAAUUAUUUAAAUCACGACUAUCAAAUAACUAAAAAAGCAUCAAAAAAUAAAAAAAAACUGAACUGGUCAGGUAAAAAUAACAUUUAUGUAAAUAAAUAUAAUGUGCGUUUUGCUCCAAUAAAAAAUUGUAAAAAUAAUUAUUUUGAUAACAGGACGAUGAAUAUGAAUAACAAUUAUUAUGAAAACAAAAAUGGUAUUCAUGAUGAGAAUAUUAAUGAUACUAUUAUAUGUAAUAUUUGUGGGAAGUCGCGUGAAAAUGUUAAUAUAGACACUUACACUGAUAAUAAUAAUAAUAAUAUUAAUAAUCAUCUUAUUAGUUUGUUGUGUACUGAUUUGGAAAACGCUCAUAAUAUUAUGACACAUCAUCCCAUAAUCAACGAUUCUGAUGUUAUCAUUAACAAAAAUAAAUGUAAUUGUUAUGAUAAUAAUGUAUCACAAAAUUUAAAUAAAACGGUUGAUAAUUUUUGUGUUCAGGAGAGUAUGAAUAAUACAAAAAAAAAUUCUUGCACAAGUAGCCAUUUUGAAAACAUGCACGAAAUUAAUAUGAACAAUACAGGUGAAAUUUUUUUAAAUGGCUUAACGAAUAAUAUAUCGACUGUUUCAGAAUAUAACAAUAUUAACAUUAGUAAUAAUAAUAAUAAUAAUAAUAAUAGUGAUGUGUGUCAUAAUGUUGUAAAUGAAGAUAAUAACGAAACGAAUAUAAAUAGUCAUGGUAAUCAUUUAAUGUGUUCUAACAAAAAUGAAAUUUAUGAGAAUAAUAAAAAAAAUAACUUAGAUAAAAAUUUUUGUACUCAUCCAAAUAGUCACAUGAACUAUCAAGGUAAUAAAAUUGGUUUAAAAAAAUGUGCUUCCAAUAAAAUGUAUAAAUUGAAUACAAGCAUGAAUAAUGUAAACAAUUGUGUUGUGAAUAAUAACAAAGACUAUGAGGGGAAAUAUUUCUCUGCUCGUUAUGAUGGAAAUACAUAUUUCACAAGAAGUAAAACAAAGGAAUAUGCAUAUAACAAUUUCCAUCAUACAAAUUUUAAAUAUAAUAAGAACAAUUAUUUUGAAAAAAAUUGUUCAAGAAAUAAUAAGGUAAUAUCAUGCCAUAAUUAUAACUGUACGAAAAACAUAAAGUCGAAAGUUGACGAAUGCAUUCAUGUGAAUGUUAGUAGUAUAUGUGAUGAAAAAAAUGAGGAUGAUAAGGAGUAUAAAAUAAGAGAAAGUAGCCAAAUAGAAAAUAAUAAUAAUGAUAAUAAUAAUAAUGAUGAUAAUAAUGAUAAUAAUAAUAAUGAUAAUAAUAAUGAUAAUAAUAAUAAUAAUAAUGAUAAUAAUAAUAAAAAGAAGAAUAAGAAUAAUAAGAAUAAAGGAUAUAUUAUUACUGAUUAUUCAAAAGGUUAUAUAUCCUAUGAUCAAACAAAUAGCUAUAAUAACCAACACUUAAAUAAUAAUAUGAAGGACGAUAAAAUAUAUAAUAUAGAGGAAAAAGAAAAAGCUCAUUUUGAUGAUUAUAAUUAUAUGAACGAUCAAAAUAAAAAAUAUAAAAAUCAUUAUUAUGAUAACGUCAAAUUUGAUUUGUCUUAUGAAAUAGAGGAAGAUAAAAAACAAAGGAAAAAAAAAAUUUGGAAAACACCCUUUGGAAAUAAAUCUAUAUAUAAAAAUGCAAGAGAAAGAGUUCAAUCAAUAUUAGCUAAUAGGAGAGGAUUAGAGAAAUAA